UUCGACCCCCGUACCAGCGAUAAGACCGAUUAUCACCAUCGGCGCGCAAAUCGCCGUUGCACCAUCCAAACCCACUAACUCGCCCGUAGUCGAACGAUGCGCCUCCACGGCGUCGUCCUGCUGUCCAGCCUCCUCCUGUCGGCCGUCGGCGCCUGCGACGAGCCCACCUUCGCCGGCGUCCGCGUCACCCUCAAGGGCGCCAAGGACGUGAAGAACAUCACCGGCUGCUUCGGCCCCACCGACGACCUCGUCAAGGUCUCCUACAUCCAGGUGGUGGGCCAGCCGGUGCCGGUGAUCCGUCGCGACGCCAUCCACGGCCUGCCCAAUCUCGUCGACGUCAUCCUCGAGGACGACAACGUCACCGACAUCGAGCCCGGCGCCUUCCGCAACCUCACCUACUUGUACCUCAUCCGGAUCCGGAACAACAACAUCAGGGUGAUUCGGGCCGGGGUGUUCGCGAAUUUGCCCGUCAGGGAGCUGAAUUUGAUGAACAAUCGCAUCGAAAUCAUCGAUCCCAACGCCUUCGACGACUUGCCCAAUCUGCUUAUACUCGGCCUCAACGAGAACAAAAUCACCAGGAUAUCCAACGAUUGGUUCAAGCAAAGCCCGAGAGUGGCCAACAUCAAUUUAGAAAAGAACUACAUCACCACCAUACCAGAUAGGAUACUGCAAAAUAUACGAGGCGUGCACGUUGUGAAGAACGUCACGAUACAAACCAACAUCAUGCUCAACGAUAAUCUGAUUAGGAAGAUCGAAGACGGGGCUUUCGACGGGCCCGAAACGUUGGGGUGGUUGUUCCUGCACCGGAACGAGAUCGAGCAGAUCAGCGAGGAGAGCUUGGGCUCUUUGAAGGCGAUCGACUGGAUCCGGUUGGAUCACAACAAACUCAAGUGCAUACCGGAGAAAUUGGUGCACAUUUCACCGAAGAUCGUCUAUUAUUUGCAGAGCAAUCCGCUGUCGGAGAUGUGCAUAAACAAAUUGAACAUAACGACCGUUUGAUUGCUAUUCUAUUUAGCGCAUUGCGUUUGUGUUUUACCUUCUUUAUUUUUCUAAAAACUAUUAAUAGAAAAUGUUAACGGUAAGGAUUAUCAAGUUUAAGUAUUAUAAUUUAAUAAUAGUUUUAUUUUUGAUUAUCUUUUCUAAUCGACAUAAAUGUACAUGUAGUAUAUGCUGGUGGAAAGAAUUUGUUGUGACAUAUUAUUUAUAAAAUAUAAGCUACUAUAAUAUAUUCUUAUCUGUGUAUAA